AGCCCCAUUGCGACAGUAGAAGGUUGUGAAAGACCAGAUAAGCCACUUUGGGAAUGGGACCACAAAUCAGAAGCAAGAAGAACUUUGCCUUCUUUCGGGUGUUCCCACUCCGAAGACACCUUUUCAUCCAACGGGAAUGAACUAUUCCUCUGAAGAAGAAGGAGCAGGUGUAAGAUAAUCACAAAUGGGAUAAAGUAGUGGUAUUUGUUCAUUUUUUUUCUUUUUUUUUUGCCAAAUAGGCAUGUAGCCUAUUUUGUACUUACAAACGUUGUUUUUUUAAGUUGAAAGUUUAAGAAUAGAACCAUUGGCUUUUGGACGCAUUUCUGACAUGCUCUAAAUUGAGGUGUGGAGAUCCUUUAGUCUACACAUGUUCUAUCCUAGAAUAAAGCAACGGAAGGAAGUCUUUUGUUGGAAAGGCUGUGAUUUCUAAAGGUGCGUCUCUGGAGCCCUGUGGUGUAUGGCGCUAAAAGGCAUCGGAGCAGGCAGAGAGGUUUAUUAGUUUCCAUUCGAGUCACAAUGGCAAAGUGGUUCAAGGAGUUCCCCAUCAAUCUGAAGAAUGGUGCCGACAGGAUCCGCUCAGCCUCCGAAUCAGGCUCACAACCUAAAGCCGGGCUGGUGGCCAGCAUCGGUACCAAAACAACAGGCUCCAAAACGGGCCAUCGCAAAAACUUUUCUGGUGACAACGCAGGCGGAGGAGUUGGAGGAGUCGGGUCUCUACUGUCCGGAAGAAACCGAAAGAACUCCGCCAUUGAGCUGAGUAGAAACGGUGCCAUCUCGCCGAAAGAUGGGAAAAUCUGGGAGAACCUCCUGUCCGGGAAAAGUCGCAAGAACUCCAAAGCGGAGCCGGUGUUUGAGGAGCAGCACAGACCCCUGAAAAGCUCGCUAUCUGCCAACGCGUUCAUCAACCGGCUGAUCAGAGUGGACAAACAGGACAAAAGCCCCAACUUCAACAGCGCCACCAUCACCAAUCAAGUGGUACCCGAAGCAGAGAAACCAGUCCAGUGCAAGACCGAGACGGUGAUCAUCCUAGAGGAUUACGCAGAUCCCUUUGAUGCUCAGAAGACCAGAGAGCAAAGGGAGGCAGAGAGGGUCGGGGAGAACGAUGGCUACAUGGAGCCAUACGAUGCCCAGCAGAUGAUCACUGAGAUUAGACGUCGGGGGUCCAAGGACCUGCUGAAGGUGUGUGUGCUGAUGGAGGCCAGCGAGGGAACGGUGGAGGACAGUCAGCCCGUGCCCUUACAGAUAUAUGACGUCCCGUAUGAGGGCAGUGGUGACGGGGACAAGGCGGCCGUCACGCGGCCCGAGCUGGAUCGCCGACCCUCCACUGAGUACGAGCUGCCCUGGGAGUGGAAGAAAGAGCACAUUGUCAAAACUCUGUCAGCACAGUUUGACAGCCCUGAGCGUCAAACCAAAGAGGAGACGCCUCACCCUACACUCACCAGGCAGCCCCAACAUCCGCUGGCCCAGCCUCCGCAGCAGCAUCAGCACCUGAGGCAGAAAAGCUGGACCCAGAAGAUCCUGCGGUCCUCCCCUACGACGCUGUCGCCACCCUGCGCCCCCGGAAACAUCCCAGACACCGAGGCCUGUUGUGUUGACCCCUGCCUGCCCCUGGAAAAACAGAGCUGGUACCAUGGCUGUGUGACUCGUCAGGAGGCGGAGUUUCAGCUGCAGUCCUGCAAAGAGGCCAGCUUCCUGGUCAGGAACAGCGAGUCGGACUGCAGCAAGUACUCCAUCGCCCUCAAGACGAGCCAAGGCUGCGUUCACAUCAUUGUUGCCCAGACCAAAGAAAACGGUUACACCCUGGACCAGAGCAGCUGCGUGUUCCCCACCAUCCCAGAGGUGGUGCGUCACUACUGCUCCCGGCGCCUGCCGUUCGACGGCGCUGAGCACAUGACUCUGUUGCAUCCAGUGCUUCGCAUCCACUGACUCCACCCAGCCCCAACUUAGGUAUUCAAAACGAACACACCUCUAGGCCUGCAGGGACAAAAUGUUUCCAAAAAUCAGUCGUGACCUCGCCUCUCUGAACCAGUGUGUACUUCCACUGCUCUGUCUCACUUUAUAACUUGACUGUGUGACCCUACUUUGUGUUAUUUUUGAAUCAUUUUCUUAUUUUUCUUUGAUGAUCAGAAAACAUUUGCAGCUCACUCUGUGUCUCACUAGAUGCCUCCUUCUGUCUUUAUUUUACUCUGAUGUUUAGCUGAUGCAAAACAUCCAAGCUGCUGUUUUGCAUGUGAGACGAUGAGGCAAUUGGGACCAAGACUCAUACACUGAUGUUUUAAUUAUCCAAUGUGGCUCUAUUAGAAGCUACAGGUAAUAUUUUUGUUGUGAAGUGAAAUUUCCCAUGAAUUAGAAAAGACUUGGAGUGAAUCUCUGUAGUAUGUGGCUCUCUUUCCCCCUCUGGUGGAUAAGAUGCUACACUGCAUUAAAAUGCCAACACAAAGAAGUCUCUUCUUCCCUCAAAAUUGAUGGGUAAAAUCCAAACACAGAGCAUAUCAUUACACUUAUUAUGAACAAAGAGCAGCUAUUUUAAUAUUUAGCGCUUGCAGCAUGUUUCUAAUAUAUGCUCUUGUAGUUGUUGGUUGUAACCACUGCACCUUGAGGACUUCCUCUGUUUCACUGUGAAUGACGGAGUUGUUUCCACUGUGUUAUCUGCACUGUGAAGAAUGAGUGAUUCACCCUGAUGUAAUGUGCUUGACGGGCCGUGGCUUUACAAUUAGUUAGUGUUUGACGAGAACUGAGACCACACUUCAUCUCAAUAAGCCUGUCCAAUCUGGGGGAAUACUUGUAAAAUAAACCUGCAGAUUAUUGUAAUUUGUGGUGAGAAAGCUUUGUAAAAUUAACGUUUUUUGUCUGACUUCUUUAUCUCUACACACGGGGAUCAUUUAUAGAUAUAAGUGCAGAAAUUAAUGACUAAAAUUGCAAUAAAAUGAACAAAAACAACUGUUAAAAAAGCCAUUGUUCAUUCAGACCUGUGAUGCCGUUCUCCCUCAGGGUUUAAUGCCCCCUGGUGCUCAAAUUGACAUAACUAUAUUGUAGUCCCUAGAGUCAUUUUUUUUCUUUGUGCAUUCGAAAUGUAACUCAAACAUUUGGCCUGGUAUGUGUACUCUUAGAGAUGCUGGAAAUCAUUUGGACAACUCUGAUCUGCAACAAAGCCAGGAUGACAAUAA